GGUGAGGAACCGGACCGCAAGCGGCAGCGGCUGGAGGCCUCCGAGCCGCUCGUGAUGGACGUAGAUUCCCCCGCGAAAUGGGAUUUCCUGGCUCCCUGGUGCGAGGAGCUCAAGGGCCAGUUGGUCUCAAUCCCCGGUGACUUCAUCCGAGUGCUGGGGCCGCGCAGUAAGCGCGAGAAGCCAUUCCAGUUUGACUUGGAGGACUCUGAAGAGGAGGAGGAAGAGGAGGAACAUGAGCAGGAGGAAGACGAAGCGCACGAUGACGUCUUUGUACUUCCACCUGAUACGCUAAAGAGCGAGCGACGGCGUGAACGGGAGACGUUUAUUUCUCCUCGCUUCGACUUUAUCUCGUUGCGUAACUUACCCGGAGAGCCGGAAAUCACUGGUUCAUUGUUCGCAGAGUGGGAAAAGUUGUUUUUGGCCGAGGCUCCAGAGUAUCAGCCGAGUGCAGCGUACAAGAAAGCUAAGCAAUGCAUUUUGGACAUGCUGCCAACUGAUCGCAAGAUUCACCCGCGCAUUCAGCGCUCUCUGGAGAUCCCUGUGUCGCUAGAGUUCAGCGACUGGUCCAAAUCCACAGAUGAACUUGCGGGCCACUUGAAUGAUUUGACCGCAUUUAUGGAGGAAAUGCAUCGCCGCGCUCAGAAGGUGGAUUCCACAGCAGUGCAAGAUCUGCGGGGCUGUGCAAGGACUUUCGUGUACUGCUUGACGCAGCUUUCCAUGACC